AGAAAUCAGAAUCCAUUUCAAUUCAAACACAGUCAAAACCAUAAACCCCUUUCUCCUUUUCUACUUCUUCUUCCCUUUCUCUCUCUCUCACUCUCUCGUCUGAGACACCAAAUUCCGAAAAUGUUGAAGCUUUUGCGCGUUCUUCCUUCCACUUCCAGGAAUUGGGUAUUGGAAAUGGAAGUGUUAUCAUCAUCUAGGAACCCUCAAGUUAGAGACUUUUCUACUGCUGCUAGAGAAACCUAUGUUGCUAAAGGAUACACUACGGAUCGCGUAUUUGCUCCUUAUUAUGUUUACAAGGGCAAAGCUGCUAUGUCAUUGUCUCCUGUUCUUCCAACUUUUACUAAGUUGGAUUCUGGGGCUCUUGUGGUUGAGCGUCGCGGUUCCAUAAUGAUGGUUUUCACGCCUGCUAUCGGGGAGCGCAAAUAUGACUGGGAGAAGAGACAGAAAUUUGCUCUCUCAGCAACUGAAGUUGGUUCUUUGAUAGCCAUGGGUCCCCAAGAUUCUUGUGAAUUCUUCCAUGACCCCUCAAUGUCAUCAAGUAAUGCUGGUCAAGUAAGGAAGAGUUUAUCAAUUAAGCCUCAUGCAAACAGUAGCGGUUACUUUGUGUCUUUGACUGUUGUCAAUAACCUGUUAAAUGCCAAAGAAAACUUCAACGUGCCUGUCACUACUGCUGAGUUUGCUGUGAUGAAGACGGCUUGCAGUUUUGCAUUGCCACACAUCAUGGGCUGGGACCGUUUAACUAAUCAGCAGUCCAGUCUGCCCGGAGGGACAGUUGGCCUUCAGUCGAAGGUGGACAAACCAGUUUUCGACUUGGAAUGGGAUAAGUGAAUUAACAUUAAGAAAUAUGAAAUGAAUCCUUGUUUAUGCUACAAUGCCAUUUUGUAUAUUAUCAAUUCAAAGGCUAGGACUGCUUGGGGGAAGUUAACGUGUAGUACUUAAAGAGAUAUAAGAAGGAUGAUGGAUUGAUCAGAUGUCAGCGUCAUUUCGCAAUUAGUCAUGUUAUUAGUAAUGUAUUAUGGCUGGUCUUCUGUUAGUUUUCUUUACUAUGAACUGUUGAACAUUGUCAGUCUUAUUCAUGGUAACAUAUGAAGAAUAUCAGUUUAUGUGCUGGUAAGUAAAUUCUAGGGUGCAGUUUAACGGUUGUUAGUAA